GUGGUAGGGCAGCUUCGCGAUGAACAACAAGAGCAAUUGUUAGACACAUAAUUGUUAAAAAAACACAUCAGAGUUGUGAAUAAUUCUUCUGUGAUCGUCGAUGAAUCGAUGUGCCACGAACAUUCUAGAUUAAAUUCUAGAAUAAGCUUUCAUCGACUCUUCAGUGGCGAUCCGACGACGCUAAUUGACAGAACAUUGGCUCUAUCUCCACGACUCCAUCGAAUUGGAACAAUAAGUAAUACAGGCUCUACCACUUUUUAGAACAACAGUAGAAAUAGCGUUCCUUUGUGUGGCAUAGUUUCCUAGAGGUCCUAUACAUGAUAAUUGCAUAAGAC